CACUCUCUGAGUCAGAAUAUUUUUCUUUCUUAGAUCUUCCUUUCCUUGACUUUUUAUCACUAGGUCUUUCUACAUCCCUUUUCUUUUGUGAUCUGUCCAACCCAUUUGUCCAUGCAUCUGUAUUCUGGUUCCUACAUGAAUUUUUGGAUGUCAUUGGUCUUUCUCUGCUUUUGGAACCAGAGGAAACAUGCACUGGUUUCGAUUCAGAUUCAACAUCCGAAUUAGAGUCUGAAUAGGCACUUGCACUAUCUCUUUCACUUUGAGACUUUUUGGAAUCAUUUUGUUUUCUCUUCUUGAUGUCACUUGAUGUUUGAACGGAGCUUACUUUCGAGAAACUCUCAGAAUCACUUUCUGAUUCAGAGAAUGAUUCUUCACUGGAUGAGGCACUUCUCGAAUUCAUAUCAUUUUUAUUAUUUUUUUUCACAGAGUCUGCACUUUGUUUUGUUUUUGACUCAUAGCGUUUUCCAUGUCUGUCAUCUCCACUAUCUGAAUUACUGUCAGUGUCUGACACAGAUGAAUCUGAAGUGUAACUGCUAUAACUGUCACUAUCAGUCUGAUCAUCCUUCUUUUCUGAUGUUUUUAAAUCUAAAGAAAGGUCAGGAUCUGGUAGUUUUGACGGAGUAGGUGGCUUGGGAGAUUUCCUUGCAGCAGGUGGUUUCCCAACUACGGCAUCUUUUUUGGGUUUAUUUUCACCAUCACUGUCAUCGUCAAAAAAAUCAAAGUCUACUUCGCCUUUAAAUUCAUCUAAUCCCCUAUCAUCCAUCUUAACGAAAGUACCGUUUACACACGUUUUUCACUAUCACUCAUUUCAGAAAAGAAAAGCGUUCAGCUUGCCGACAAUGUUUUCUAGCAACUGCAAUGGCGUCACGAUCUCGUGAAUUUCGAGAAAUAACGGGAUCUCGUAAAUGUCAUAUAGUCUCAGCCAAGAUUGGGUUCUAUUUCCAAAUUUACAGUUAUGAUUCGAUCAACAUCUCUGCUAGCAACUCAUUACUAGAAGAAACAUACCAAUUUUAUUUCAAAAGUCUGACAAUAAUUAUAACUGACUGUCACAUGAAACAGGAUGAAAACCCAAAAGAACUACACCACUCAAAAUGUGGCAAGUUACACAGUAUUUUAUCAGGAAAAUCGACCAAAGAUGACUUCAAAAUAUCCUUUCUUGACAGCAGAUCAGAUUAAUUGUCGACUGAGAGAUCAAUGGAAAAAAUUAGCCAAGAAGGAAAAGAAGAAUUUUGCUAUCCCAAAAGUUUGUGUCACACCCAGCAAAGUAAAUACUGGAAUAAAGAAAAAGGUUAAAGCUGAAGACCAGGAACUGAAAAAAUCUACACCUAAUAAACCACUCUUUUGUGAAGAAAAUCCAAAAAUAGCAAACUUGAUACUGUCUAAGACUCUGAAACAAAAAUCUGUAGCUGAUUGGCUGGAUACAAACAAGCAGAAAUUGGCUGAAUCCAAGACCUACUCUGGUGUUGUUAACCCUGUCAAAGAUGUUCCUGAAGUUUAUGAUAGAACACCUCACCUGAAGACUGGGAUACUUAAAAAUACAGAAAGAUCUGUGUCACUAGAGAAGUCCAGACAAGAGGGUAGAACUCCAGCUAAAGUUACCUUUACCCCUAUUAACAAGCAGGGCAGGAAAUUAGCAAUAGCUAACAGGUUUACAGAUGAUUUCAAAACUGGUAAUGAAAGUAACUCCAUGGAGUAUAUUCAACCUAAAAAUCUAAAACACGAUUUUGAGAUUGAUGAAGAUAGACAGUCAGAAGUUCAGUCUUAUACAUGUGAUUUUGAUGAUGGUGGUGAUGAGGAUGAAAGCAAUGAAAUAGAUAGAGAAGAUUAUAGUGAUAGUGAUGAUGAUAAUCUUCUUCAUUAUCAUCAUGAGAAUGAUGAAGAUGAUACCCAGCAAACAGAGGAAUCAAAUCCCAGAACCCCUAUCUCCAAACCAGUCUCUCAAACUUGUAAAAACACUGAUCAAAUUGUACCAAACUCUUCUGAUGCUUCUUCAGAAAUUUGUACCACUGCAUCCAGCACACCAAAAGCAUCAAAGGCACCAAAACCACUAAAGAAUGGUUUGACUACACCAAGUCAAUCAAAACGCACCCUUAGACCACGUAAACGAAAUACAUCACAAGAAGAAAAUGUUGUUGAAAUUCCAAGUUUUGAAAAAGGAAUCAGUCCAAAAAUGUUUGGCCUUCAUAAAGAAAGGGGGAAUACAAACCUAGCAAAAUUGAUUACUGGUGAUCUGAACCACCAAGAAGAAAAGCAGCUUCUUGUAUUGGGUGAUCCUUACUACCAAGAUGGGCAAAAACUUGUAUUGGAUGGUAAAAAGCUAGUAAAAGAAAAUUUGAAGGCUUGUCAAGUUCCAAAUGUCAAUCAGAUGAAAGAAAUGGAAACAGAACAUGUAAAAAAAUCAAAUAGAACAAAGAAAACUGGUAGAAAAGAUAAUAAGAAGGAUGACAAUAAAACAGCUGGUGAUGAAGAAUUGGGGUGUCGUAGAACAGCUAAGAGAAAAACCAGAAAUAAGAAACCAGUCUAUGAAAAUAGCAUCUUAAGGGAAAGUGGAGAUUUUGAUGAUUUGGGCAAUAUCACCAGCAAGAAGAAGAUGAAGACUAAAGUGCUGCCUGGUUUAUUUGAUGAGUAUGAUAUUGAAUUGAUAUCUAAAGAAGAAUGCAUCAAAAACCAAGAUAAACUGAUUUCUGAGUUUCCAGCUUUUCAACAUUGUGAAAACAAAAUGAAAAACAACCAAAAAGAUGAUUUCAAAAGUGGAAUUGGUUACGAUUUGAAAAAACUUGUAACAGAAAAAUUACAAGAUAAAAAUGAAUUAACAGGAAAAGCUUUGGACACGAUUAAAACCAUGAUAUCAACACCUCAAAAAUCCAAUUCUAAGAAAACAAAAGAGAAAGAAAAUCUGAAGAAUAACAAUAACAUUAUUGAUAAUGAAUUUGAAGAUAUUGACAUAAUCCUGGAGGAUUUUGAUGAACCUGUUACAGAGGUCAAGCAAGACUUUGUGGACAUCAAUAACAAUUCAAGUGAGAAUCUGGAUGAAAAAGAAGAUACAUCAUUGUUUGGGCUGAAAUCCUUCACAUGUUCUUUUAAGUUGGGAAAGCCAGAUUCCUUUUCAUCAUGCUAUGAUGAUGAUACUGAGUAUGUUGAGGAUCAGCUAAGCUGUUCCAAUGGUAAUAAUACCCUACAGAAGAUACUGUCAAGUUUACGUCAGAUUGGAUCCCAAUCCAGUGUUGAAGAUGAAGAGAGUAACAUUUUAGAUGCAGAUGAUGAACCAAUGGAUGUUGAGGAAUCUCCAAAAAUUUUAUCACCAACUUUAUCUGGAGUGUCAGAACUUUCAAGUUUAUCAGAAGUAGAACACAAACUAGUCGACAAACCUGGAAAGAAAAACAUAUUAAAAGGGAGAAAACAACCAAGUAGAGUUAAAAAGGGAAAAGGGAGUGAAACUGAAGAACUGCAAGAUGAGGAACCUCCUGAAUUUCAUGAUGUCAACAACAAGGUUAUUCCAAGAGGUGAAAUUUGUGAAAUGUUUGAUGAGAUUUCUCCACCAAAUAAAAAGUUCAAGAAAAGUAAAGAAAGAAGGCAAUAUUAUUAUUGGGCUCGAACAACUGUUUCUGAUUUGUGCACUAUAUUAGGCUGUCGACACCAAACAUUAACUUAUCUUUCACAGAUUCGUAGCGAGUAA